AAGUCGCAUUGCUGUCCCCCAAUAAUCUCAGCACUGGCGGGCAUCAGCCUCGUCCUACAAAACCCCCCUCUGCCUCCUGCCCUUCUCUUCCAAUUCACGUAGACACCAAUCCAUCCAUCCCUUCCCAUUACUACUCACUUUGAUACCAAUCAACCGACCACGACCAGAAGAGGAAGAAUCUGAUAGAGCCUUCCAGAAGAAACAAGUAUGUGUGGCGGUACAUUUAUGUCCGACCUCCUCCCUCGCAACGGUAGCCGCCGGCUGUGCGCCGCCGACCUCUGGCCCAGCCCUCCGGUCGUCCCCAAAGAGCAUCAGAACAUCACACACAAGAGGCCUCAAUCCCGAGCAGGUGGUGAGCGGGUCGAAAAGGCUGUGAAAAGGCCGCGCAAGAACCUGUACAGGGGAAUCAGGCAGCGUCCGUGGGGCAAAUGGGCGGCGGAGAUCCGAGAUCCCAGAAAGGGGGUGAGGGUUUGGCUCGGUACCUUCAACACCGCCGAAGAGGCGGCCAGAGCCUACGACAGGGAAGCUCGUAAGAUCAGGGGCAAGAAAGCCAAGGUUAACUUUCCCAACGAAGACGAUCGCUACGUUCCUUCUCAACCCCGCCAUCCGCCCUUUGCAAUGCACAAUCCUAAUCCUAAUCCCAACCCACCUUCUUAUCCGACGUUUAACCAUUUCGGGGCAUACAAUUCAAAUGGGUUGUAUAGUGCGCCAAGCCCUCUGAAUACAGUCCCUGUUCCGUUUCUUUACAGUGAAGAAAUUUCUGGUUCGGGAACCGAUUGCUCUUCGACCGAGGGAAAUCAUCAGAUGAAUCAAUUCCAGGGCGAUGUGAAUGUGAAGGUGAAGGAGGAGGAAGAGAAGCAAGAGCUGAGAAAAAGCAGCAAAGGAGGAGAGGCAGAGAACGAAGUGGAGAAGCUUUCGGAGGAGCUGUUGGCCUACGAGUCGGUCAUGAAGUUCUACCAAAUCCCGUACCUGGACGGCCAGUCGCCGGCUGCUCCGCCCAAUCUCGCACAGGAGAGCGUCCUCGCCAGCGGCGUUUUGGAUCUCUGGAGCUUCGACGAUGUUCUCCGUCCUGCCAUUUCCUAGAAUCAGCAUUCCCGUCCCCUUUUUCGUUCUUCUGUUCUGAUUUCAAUUUUCCUUUUGUCGUUUCAAUUCCUGUUUUUGGCCGUCUGUAAAUUUGGAAAGAUUAACGAUUCUGGGAGAUUGGCAUCCUCCAUUGUCCCCCACCAUAAACUCGUCACAUCUACAAGUUUUGCUUUGUUCUUCACUGUUCGUUGUAUCAUUUCUAACUCUGCAAUGGAAUUGAUUACCAUCUACGAGUUUUA